CGCAGCUUACGCCGAUGCGCACCACUGUGGCCUAUAGCCGAACUAAAAAUUGUUUUAUGCUUGACUAUAACCAUUCGUACGAUGCUUUACCACAGACGGAUUGCCAGUUAUUUUCCAGUUGACAUUUCGUCCGUUGUUUCAGUCACUGCAGCGUAAAACCUUGUUAUUAAAUAACAUGAGACGAGUUUGUUGUAUUUGUGGUGAAUUCGAAACGCAAUCAAGAAAAAGUUCUUUCUCUUUUUUUUCAAUUCCUAAGAAACAUGGAUUAUUGCGUGCAAAUGAGAUCCAGUUAGUGGAAAGACGAAUUUCAGCUUGGAAUGCUAUUCUUGGGCAGUAUUUAAAUAGACACUAUGGUAUUCAAUGUGUUUGUUCCAACCAUUUCCAUUCAGGUAAACCAUCAUAUCUGUACCUUGACAAUGAUGUUGAUUGGGUUCCGUCCAAAAAUUUAUCCAACCUUCAACAACAUGAAGAAUCUGGUAUUGAGAAUGUGGCUGAUUGCAGCUUACAACCUCAGAUUCACAAAUUGAUUCUGACGUCAUUCACGCUUCGUCUAAAAUCGCCAAUCGUCAUAACUCCUUCAGGUGAUUGCCAUGGCUAUGCCUCUGAUGUCGUAACACUUAAAGUGGUUGAUUCAUUACAAAAGUUAUUGAACACUACGCUACCCAUUCCAAGGUCAAGAUUCAAAAGGAAAUUUGAUUCCAGUCAAUCGGAAGAAGAGGAAAAAAGUGAAACUAGACAAGAAACUGUCCACAUCCUUCCUAGCCAUGCUAGUGCUGAAGUUGCCUCUCCUGCCAGCCCAUGCUGCCGUAAUACAGUUUUAGUCUUAUAUCCAAUCACUGGUCUUUCUGCCACCUCAAGGAAACGCGUGGCUAUCGUCCAAAUCAGACCUUUCAAACAACCAGUGGUGUAUGACCGAUGCUAUGAAAGAAAAUGCCGCAUUUUACGCGGCAACUGCGUUCAAGUUUAUGCACCCCAGCCGUUGUACAUUCUAACAACAGAGGGUGGCGAAAUGGCUGCCAAACUCGAUUUCAUUCUGGUCGAAGCUGGUUGUCAGUGUCAGUCACGUCCCUUGGGCGAGAGCCCGAUCUCCGGUACAAUGGGGGUGGAUGCGACAGUGCCCGAAGCAUUACGUAUUAUCACAGGUGGUGACUUUGACGAAGAUUAUUUCACCAUGUUGGCGGCCAUCGAUGCAGCAUCUGCAAUUGCCGGGCUCAAUCAAGCGACAACUCGUCCUGCAGUCACUGUCACUACUACGUCCAAUUUAGAUGCUCCGAUUAUCGAUCCGCAAGAAGUUGGCAACCCUACCACCGUCAUUCACAGUACUACUAUUCCCCUCGUCAGUUCGCAGACAGAGAUGAUAACAAGCUCAUCCUCCCUUGAGUCGAGUCACGAUCUUAGCAGCGAGAAUGAGAUCACGUCUCCUUCACCUCCCGAAUUAAUAACUAUCACUGUACCACCCUUGCCCAAAUUACCAGAUCACGGCCAUCCUAUCCUGAUCCUUCCUGGUCAAUUUAAUCCCCUAUUACUCUUGCUAAAAAAAUUUCUUAGGUAGUCAGGUGCCUUGAAGAAAACGGAAAUCAAGAAAAGUUAUCUGAAUAAAAGGCAGAAAUUAUUAUUUUCAA